AUGCACCUAUGGAAUUUAUGGUGGCUCCUCAUCGUCGGCCACUGUUGCGAUCUCUUCAAAUUAGCCAUUUUAGUUGAUGCAAGCAUUCUAAACACCAUUUUGGGCGUGCCCAGUGAGUGCACACAUCAGAAUAGCGUGUGGCCGUGCAAAUUGUCGUUUUCCUGUUGGCUGCAAGGCGGGCGGCAUGCCAAAGGCUGUGGCGCCAACAAGUGGUUAUUCUCAUGCUGCAUCGGUGGGAGCAGCAACAGCAACAGCAACAGCAACAGCGGUAGCUUCAACACCAACACAGCAACCAAUUUCGCCACCGGUGAAGCUACAAUUCAAUAUCGACCGUUAUAUGGUGACACCAAUCAAGCGCCAGUUGUUAAUGUAGUUAGCAAUGCGCUCACCGAGUACAAGCGCCUGACAGGCAGCGGCAUUAGCGGCACUGGUGGCGCCGGGGUAUUGCCCAAGCGUGUGAUGCUGAAAAGACGCAACGAUAAUGAUGUCUUCGUCAAGCCUGAAUGCGGCUUGCCGCAUGCCACACAGCGCACUCUGCAAAAGCGCAUCAUUGGCGGAAGAUCGGCGAAUUUCGCUGAAUAUCCAUGGCAGGCGCAUAUACGCAUUGCGGAAUUCCAGUGUGGCGGUGUGUUGGUGUCGCAUAAUAUUGUCGCUACGGCAGCGCAUUGCAUACAGCAGGCGCGCCUGCAGGACAUCUCCGUCUAUUUGGGUGAAUUGGAUACACAGAAUUUGGGUCAUAUACACGAGCCACUGCCGGUGGAGAAGCAUAAUGUUAUCAUGAAGAUUGUACAUCCGCGUUUUCAAUUUCGCAUGACACAGCCGGAUCGCUUCGAUGUGGCGCUGCUAAAGCUGGCCAAGCCGACGGGAUUUAGUGAACACAUUCUUCCAAUUUGCUUGCCAUUAUUUCCGAUUGCUUUAAUUGGACGGAAAGGUCUAAUUGCCGGUUGGGGCAAGACAGAAGCGAGUAUGGGCCAUGCAGGUACCAAUAUGUUGCAAGUCGCGACGGUACCCAUAAUAACGGCCUUUGACUGCUUACGCUGGCACGAAAGUAAACGCAUCAAUGUGGAACUCUAUGGCGAAAUGUUUUGUGCGGGCCACUCGGAUGGGCAUCAGGAUGCGUGCUUGGGCGAUUCUGGUGGGCCACUAAUUGUGAAAGAGCGUGGUCGUUUCAUUUUGGUUGGCAUCACUAGCGCCGGUUUUGGUUGCGGCGUCGAUCAUCAGCCGGGCAUUUAUCACAAUAUACAAACUACAGCCAAAUGGAUACAGGAGAUGGUGGCGCGGCAUGCUUGAGCAAGCACCAAUGGCACGCAGACAAAUAUCAUCUACUAAUUUAGUAUAUUAUUUCUUUAAA